UCAGGUCAAGGGUUGCUAACUAUAUUCCGAAUUUUACAAAAUCCUAUACCACAAUAUGUAUUAGGCUCAUUACCAGCUAUUCUAACAAUAGGAACAACUCCUCAUAAAACUUUAUUAGCAAAGUUCCUAUGGUUCGUACGAUGUCUUGAUGGUAGCAAAGGUGACGAUGAAUAUAACGGCGAAAAUGAUUAUAAAAUUAAUGAAGAAAAUAGCAAAAUCUCGACCAAUAAAGAAACCAAAAUUGUAAUCAAAGAUAAUGAUGAAGUAGAUAUCAAAAACAAAAAGCAGGAUUUUCCUAGACCUUUUGGACAUCAUGCUAUGAAAAUAAAACCUAAUAAAUCACAGAAACAUAUUUUGAAAGACUGGGUUUCAGAAGCCUCUUUAUUAGAUAGGUUAUUAAUGGGUGUUUCCGCAUAUUACAUAGUAGUUGGUAUAGUUGCAGGGAUAUCUAAAGCAGCAGGACCGUGUACGGAUGAUAAAUCAUUACAGGAUUGGCCAUACAUACCAAUACUAUUUAUUUGGACAUUACCUGUAAUUUAUGUUAGAAUAAGAAAUGGAAAAGUUGUGAGUAAAGUGUUACCAAAGCGUUUAAAAAGUAGAAUAAUUAUAGUAAGAUAUAAUACAGCAAAUGUUAAGACAAAUCGUAAUUGGGCUUUCAUUAUCUUUUGUGUUUCGCUUUUUCUUCCUUGGCUAACUGUUAUUAUAGCAUAUUGGACUCCUCCAAUCGGAUUUUAUUGUAGGAGUAAAUUUCUGACAACGAUAUGUUCUAUAUGGUCAUUUAGCAGUAUUGCUGCAUAUACAAGUCACAUAAAAGGGGAAAAAGAUGUUCAUGGUCCAAUUAGUAUAAUGUUUAGUUUUUUUGGUGCAGUGGUAGGAGGAUGCUUGAUUUUUUUAAGUAUUCUAGCAAAUUUCAAUUCAUUAUGGGUAACCUUAUUUGGCCCUACUUGCUAUGUUCCACUUAAUUGUUAA